GUCAACCUUUUUUAUUUUGGUAAAGGCACAUGGCAUCGCGAGUUUAUCCUGGUUAUACCGCAGAGCGCGCGCUCACAGCUGGCAUUCUCGCGUGCCUUCUAAACCUUCCACACGACUUGCUGAGAAGCGGCAGCGGCUUUCCGGUGUUUUAAAAGCUGCUCUUAUUCUCUUUUUUUAAAUAACUAUUGGUGACAGUGUCUGCCAGACUGCAGCAUCUAACCGUGCUGACUCCUGGCUGUAGAAGGUUUUUUUUUUGUUGCUCAGAAAUAACAUAACACAGGUGGAGGAGAAGACAGACUUAAUUGCACCGCAUUUAACUUGGGUUGGACUUGAGCCUGUGUUCAUCCGAUCAUUCAAUGGCAAUGGCACUGACACUGAACUUGAUCGGCCCGUCUCCAUGGGGCUUCAGAAUAUGUGGAGGAAGGGACUUCAACAAGGACAUUACCGUAUCAAAGGUCAAUGGAGGCAGCAAGGCAGAGAAAGCAGACCUGCAUGCUGGUGAUAUCAUCCUGGAAAUCAACGGUGAAAACACAACGGACAUGCUGAAUGUGGAGGCCCAGAACAAAAUCAAGAACUCAAAGACCCAUCUUCAGCUUUUGGUGGAGAGACCCAAGACUCCCAGCUCUCCACAGACCAACGGCAUCAGCACCCCUGAACAGCUCACUGGACGCUUCCAGGAGGCAGUCAUAGUGAGUCGAGACGAGAACCAGAACUACAGUGAGUAUAAAAUCUCCAGUCCUACGUCACAGUCCCCGGGACCCUAUUCAUCAUAUUCUCCUGUCAGCCCUGACAGAAGAGGGGAAAGACUGACACCAACCAUCAACAAGAGUGUGCAGCUGCGCUCAUGGUCACCAGAGGAUAAAAACAACCGUCUGUCCAGGCCACACUCUCAGGAGUUUUUUCCUUCUGACUUCAGACACCCUUCUGGGUCCAGCAGGACACCAACCCCACCAGGACGCUACUCACCUCACAGCCCCACUGACCGCGAUGUUCCCAUGUCCCCCAGGCGCAGUAGUUCCAGUUCUGACUUUGCCAUGCAAAGGUUUGACAGGAACUCGGAGGUGUACAAGAUGAUCCAGGAGAACAAGGAGUCCCGCACGCCACCUCGUCAGUCCAACACCUUCAAAAUGCUGCAAGAAGUGCUGGAGGCUGAUGAGAAAGAGGCAGCCCUGCGGUUUCCGGGGAAGCUUUCCCCCAACCCACCGAAACAGAGCACCUCUGUUGCAGGAGUCAGCAAACACCACACCUGUGAGAAGUGUGGCACAAGCAUUGUGACACAGGCAGUGCGCAUCACCGACCGCUUCUUCCGUCAUCCGGAGUGCUACACCUGCACAGAUUGCGGGCUUAACCUGAAGAUGAGAGGUCACUUCUGGGUUGAAGAUGUAAUGUAUUGUGAGAAGCAUGCCAAAGAGAGGUACCAGGGCCCAGGCAACGCCAUUCAGACCACCGUGUCGCCCCGCCAAUGAGUUGGCCCCUGCAGCCUGUUCCACUCUGCACAGAGUGCUGCUUGCCUCCCCGAAGCGCCACCUCAUCUGACUCACCGAUACACCUUGGAAAUAUUUUUUGUGGGGUCGACAUUACAUUAAUUUCUGAUCUUUAAUCUUUAAUCAAAUAUGCAAUUCAUAAUAUACACUUUAUUGCCUUACUUGUUGUUUUAUGAGAACUAUUUUUUCCCCCAAUAUGGUUCAGCCUUCAUGGUCUCUCAUUAUUUGCCCACAUAAUACUCGGGCCAGAUUUAAAAAUGCAGGUGCUUUAAAAAAAAAAAAAAAAAAAAAAAAAAAAAUGUUUAGUAGAACCGAGGAUGAGAAUCGCCAUCUGAAUUUUCUAAUUGAAUAAAAAAAGGGACCAAUAACUAA